AUGUCAACGUCAAAACAUCAGAUUUGCUUUUCUUCCAAAAAAUGCGACACACAUAACGCAACCACUAGAUGUCGCAUAUUUGGACCUAUGAAAAGACAUUGGCGUGAAAUUUUAACAGAUUAUAAAACAACAUACAGCAAUGUAAGCACAAUUAACAAAUGCUACUUUCCACAAUUACUGAAAGAACUUAUGGCAAGAAUUGACAUAAAUAAAGAAAAUAAUUCGCGUAAAGGCUUUGAAGCAUCUGGAAUAUUUCCUUUUAAUCCCUCAAGAGUGACAGUAAAAAUACCAACAGUACAAAACCAAGAAAGUCGUCAGUUUGAUGCCAGUCUCCUAGAGUUCUUACAGCGAAACCGAAGAUCACAACCAAUCAAAACUGGACAAAACCGAAAACUUACAGUCAUACCUGGCAAAUCUAUAUCAACAGAAGAAGCAGAAGAGCUAACAACCAAAGCUAAAAAUUUGAAAAAUGAUACAAAAAUAACUAAACAAAUAGAAAAUAGAGACUCAAAUUUGCCAGGACCAUCGAACAUCACAACUAUGAAGAAGGAAAAAGUGAAGCAUACUAAAACUGAAAGCUCAGGAUUAAAAAGAAUUAUGCCAUCAAGACAGCUUUGCAUAGGUGCCUUAAAUAUUUACUUGCAGCCUUUAGCAGCAGAUUUGAAUGAAUUCGUGCCUGUACAGUAUCUGAUAAUUUUACCAAAGAAAUCCAAAUUGAAUACUCCAUUUUACGGAGAUGCGCCGAAAUGUUUGCAGAAGAUAAUUACUGAUCUGCCUAAGAAUAACCCUGAACCAUGUCAAAACUCUCCGAACAAGAAAACCCCAAAAAUAAUUAUUACGUCUAAUAUAGUUAUAAAAGAAGCUUCACCUGAAAAAAGAAUCGUGUUAAGAGAUAUAGAUACACAAAUAAAUGAAAGAAAAAGAAAACAAACCAGUACUCCAAAAGGACAAUCGUCUAAAAUGAAAAGGAAAAAGAAACAUAUUAUCUGCAAUAGCGAUUCAAGUCUGUCCUCAAAUAUAUCAUUUCAUGCUGCAGACGACUCUGAUUACGGAAAUUUUGAUAAUUAUAUAGCGUCAUGUUUACAGGAACAAGAAGAA